AUGUCCUGGCCAGCGCUGUACGCCCAGCUCGCCGGGGCCAACCGCCACUCCACCAGUCUGGGAAAGGUCUGGCUCUCUGUGCUCUUCAUUUUCCGUGUCAUGGUCCUGCUGGUUGCUGCUGAGAGUGUGUGGGGGGACGAACAGUCCGACUUCACCUGCAACACCCUUCAGCCUGGCUGUGAAAACGUCUGCUACGAUCAGUUCUUCCCAGUCUCCCACAUCCGACUCUGGUGUCUUCAGCUUGUCUUUGUCUCCACGCCGACGCUCCUGGUUACCAUGUACGUGGCCUACCGCAACCACAGAGACCGGAAACGGCUUCUUCAGCAGGGUGGUGGAAGACCUGCUUUCCUCCACAACAAGAGUCAGGACUCGGAGUUGGAGAUCCUGAAGAGCCGCAGACUUCACAUAGCUGGCGCCCUCUGGUGGACAUAUGCAUGCAGCCUGGUGACCAGACUUGUAUUUGAAGGAGGAUUCAUGUACGGUCUGUACGUGCUGUACGAUGGUUUCCAAAUGCCCCGGCUGCUCCGCUGUGACCAGUGGCCCUGCCCCAACCUGGUGGACUGCUUCAUCUCCCGACCCACAGAGAAAACCAUCUUCACUGUUUUCAUGGCCACAGCCUCUUCCAUCUGCAUGUUCCUGAACAUGGCAGAGCUGGCCUACCUGGUCGCCAAGGCCGUGGCUAGGCCGAGACUUUGA